AUGGCCGCUACAAUAAACCCACCUACGCUGGAUAAACUACUGCAUACCCUACAGGAAAUACGCGUUCGGUCCCUUCACGACAUCGAAAACACGCUAAAGCGUGCCUUGUGGGAAAACGUGGAUCUCAACAUCAACGCAGCAUCUCUGUUCAAGAAUUUGAUUCGCUGGUUCGGUCAUGCACCGAUCUGCGAAGAAGAGACAGUGCUGGAACUGAUGUCGUUGCUCUUGGAGAGCAAAUAUGGCACGGAAAUUGUGAAAUUCUAUACCCCUGACCGGAUCAUAAAGGAAUUGAAUAAAAUUCGAUACCUGAUCGGGACGAACGCGGAUCACGACCUGCUGGUUAGAAGCCUGAUCCGUCAGGUUGAUAGCUUCAAAUCGACUCCUUUGCGGCGAGCUUCCAGUUCGAGCAGUCUUGAUAUCGAGAGCGUCGUCAGCAGUAUAACUAGCAUGAAGUUGGAUACGAUGGAUCCCUCCGGGCUUCCGGGAUGUAGUCGAGGGACCGGAAUUGUGGAUUCGUUUGCGUCGCGUUGGAAAGACGAUUCCGGAUUCUUCACUAGCUGUUGGGAAACUCCGGACUUCAGUGUAGUUGCCGUUCUAGAGCGGUUCAACAGUUCGUUGUUAGACGAUACAAACGACGAGAAUUUCCAACGUGCCCUUAAUUUCGUGAUGCCGUACAUCAAAGAUUUCCCACCAGAGUUUCUGCUACAACCGCCCUACGUUGGCCUAUCACUGUUGCAUCUCAUCCAAAAACGACGCCUAAGCAUUCGCAAAGGAUUCGGAAUGCUGCUGUCUAUAAUAGAUUCGCUUCGAAAGCGUAUGCGACAGCGGAUGCUUACCGUAACGUACAUACCGGAGAGCGGCGAGCGUACCCGGACGCAAGUAUCGAUAGGUGCGUUCGUUUCGGAAAUGUUUCAGAUUGGAAUCGAGCAACUGAAGGAGCUCUCAUGUGACGUAGACAAACUCUCGACCAAUAUGAUUCUUAUCGUGCUCAAUCAAACCACGACAUUCCUAAUGUCGGAGCACUUUUCAGAGCAGCAAAAAAUCCCUGCUCCGCGAUUCGCUGAAUUGUGCACCGAACUCGGCUAUUUAGUAAAGCACUACCGGCAGGAAUGGGAAACUGAUACAAAACGGGCAGUCGCUCGCACGCGAUACCGCAUAACGCUGCAGAUCAUGCUGGAUUUCGUACGCCUUUGGCAGAAAGAUCCCGACAACAGCCCACCUGAUCCGGAUGUGGAUCGCGGGAUUUCCAACGAACAGUUUGGCGCUACAGCGCUAUACAAUGCGUCUGACUUCGCAACGCUCAACUCGACCGCACAUCGCAAGGCGUUGGAAGAAGCGGACGACACCUGGCGGCAUGAGUGUCAGCUAGCAUUGUUGGAUUUUCCGUUGAAGGUCGCCUGCCCGGAAAUGUAUGAUAAUUUGUGUACGUACGCCGGCAAAGAGAACGAACCGCUACUGGCCUGGCUGAUUACGUUAAAAGAAAAGCUGUUCCAAGCAGUCCUCCUGCUGCGGGACAGUGCCAGUCAUUCGAAUUUAUCCGACGAACAUCUGCUCAUGCUGGGAUCGGAAGCAAUUAGUACGCUAAUUUUCCAUCGUUCACUGGAUCUGGUGCGCGUCAUUUUGAAAUGUGUCGCAAAGUGCGCUGGUUCUGUGACGGAAGAUGGACCAUUAUGGGAUACUAUUGAAUCGAUUACCGUUCGUUUGCUGGCACAUGCUGACGAAGAAAUACGAUGCCAGGUAUACGAAUCGUGCUCAAACAUGAUGAAAGAUUUCAUUGGUCAGCUGGAUGAAGCACCUAUUCUCACACGGCGCAGCUUGUUCUCUCAAGGUUCUCCGAAAUUACGAGCCAUGGGCAUGCCGCUAUCACUGCAAAUUCUAACAGAAGUCACUUGUUAUGGAUAUACCAGCUCGAACAUGAAGAUUCGUCAGUGCGCUGAAACGAUGCUGUUGUUCUUGUGCAACUCGAAAGCCUUCCUUCAUGAGAAAUGGAUGGAUGUGCGGGAGCUGCUGCUGCCAGUUGCGCCGCUUUUGCAAACGGUGGCGGUAGGGCAAGAGCAGACGAAACUCCGCAAGGCUGUUCUCGCGAUGUUCCAUCCCGAUUUUGGGUUCCCUUGGCUGGACGUGUUGCAGGGCAACCUGCGGUUUCUGUUUCACGACGAAAGCGCCAUACGAGAAGAGGCACUCACGCGGGUUCUUUUCUUGAUCAGUUCCGUCGAGCAAAGCGAGGAGUUUAUACCUCGAAUCGAACAUAUCGGCGACACCAUCCCGAACGGGAUCUGUCUGCUUUCGUUUCCCUUUAACAUCGAGCGGCAACAGUCAACCAACGUGUAUGAGGUGAGCUCGGUGAAGCCUCUGCUCGAUGUGCUCGAGGACGAAGGUGGUGAUCCUGGUAUGCGCCGUAGCGCACUGACGCAGCUGAACGUUAUGGCGGAGGAUCCGCUGUUGUGCGAACUGAUACAUAAUGAAUCCGGCUGGGUGCUAGUGCUGCAGGCUCUCUCCAACUCGUUGCUUGCCAACACACACCUGGAUUAUCCAGAUGCCGCUAUUCCAGCCGUGGGAAUUCUCACAAAGUUGUGUUUCAGUAUCACGACGUUCCGUCGUUAUCUCGGCGGAAACUCACACGCCUAUCAGUGGUUAGUGCGAGCCCUGCUGGCACACCAUCAUAUGCCAGUUUUUCGGAUGGAAUGUUGCGCCUUGUUGUAUUUGCUUUUGUUUGCCGAGUGUUCCACCGGCAACGGAUCAAACGUAUUUUUGCCGGUGAUGUGUGAGAGGGCAUCGUAUAAGGUUCCGUUUGUGUCUAAAUUUCACUGGCACACCAGUCCAUUCCGCGAGCUUAGCUCAUUCGAGACGAUGUUGCAGCAAAUGAUAACCGGAGAGCAUGUUUCGGGACCCCUGGGCGAAAGCAUACUAUGCAUAAACGAUAAACGAAUGGUGAAUGGAGAUGCCGUAACGACAGCUUCGGUUUCCUGCAGCGGUCGAGCGUUUGUGACGGAGCUCGUGCAUCGUUACGCACGGUUCACGUUUGCAGACCUCUGGUUUCAGGGUGUCGACAAAGUGCUGAAAAUGUACAACAGCAAGCAGCGAACCCUUGCAGCUGGCCAAUUCCACGACGAUGAUGAUGCUCAGAUUGAGUACAAAGGAAACAGGACGGCAAUGGGCUUUUGCACCCAGCUUCGUCUGCGGAAGCGCGACGUACGCUGGCUUAAGGUGAUCGAUUUCCCUUCCAUCUUCCGGAAAAGCAUUCGCCGAUUAUCGUCCGCCAAGGCGCACGCGGACGUCUUCAACGGACUAGGAACGUUGGAAGCGAACCUGAUCUUUCCCAUCAAGAACACCUUCUGCCAGCAGGAUAUCAUCAUAAGCAUGCUGAAACGGUACAUCCACACGCCGCCCGUUACGACAGCCGAUCAGGAGAUGCUGACAGAGGUGUUAAACAUUAUAGGUAUUAUGUUGCACCUUGACUUUCUUAUGGUUCGCCAGUGGUUGCACGAGGUGCUUGCGAACGAGACGAAUCUGUUUCUCAGGCUGCUGCGUGCUGAAGAUUGCAUGGAACAGUUGUACGCAAAAAAUGCAACACUUUUGUGGAGCCUGCGACAUGUCAUGGAUCGCGAGGCGCUGGACGGUGACCAAAAGAAGGGCGAACCAUCGAAGACGGGCACAAAACGCGAUGCAUCGGAGAGCAAAAAAUCGAAUUCUGUGACAAUGCCGUGGGAUGUGCAAGUGUUUAGCACGGCGAUGAAUCAGCUCACCGUUAUGGUGAAAAAAUGCGACAUUCCACGCAUCAUCUCCUUGGUGGAGGUGAUCGAAUGCUACUCCGUACGGAUCGACGUCGUUUGCGUAAAUGUUGUGGAAGUCGUCCCGAAGCUGCUGCUCUGUAUUCGAAAUGUAGGCUCGUCGAGUUUCAUUGGCUCGGCAAUCGUGCGGUUCUGCCUGAUGGCAAUCAUGCAUUUGAUGGAACGCUCUGCGCCUGAAAUGGCACGCUUCGAGUGGACUGCGAAGCAUCUGAAGACAAUCUCCACGCAGUGCGGCAACAGUAGCACGAUGGUGCGCUCGUACGCUUGGAAUAUCCUUGCAAAGAUUGCUCGCACGCUUGCCGGCGCGGCUGCCAUCGUGAAAGAGUGCUCCUAUCUGCCCGGUGGCGUGCACGCCAGCUGCAUCAGCACGAUUCUCGAUAUCCGGGAGGCGUGCCUAGUGAAGGAGUCUGCCGUAGGAUUGCUAGUGGGGUUGCUUUCGCAUCGCACCGAUAAAAUCGGACCCCUGCACCGAUCCGUGGUCCCGUUGGACAAGGCAGCGGAGUUACGAGCGGUUUCUUCGGGCACUACCAGUGGCAGAGAGUCCUUGGAUGUAGUGAUGGAGCUGCUGGCGAAACAGCGCUUCUUCGAACAAUCGGUUGGCUCACUUAAGCACUACACCUGCAUGGAGUUUGUGUUAGACGAAGACAAGGGAUGGACAACUAUCAUCGUAUCGGCCGAUCUGGUAAAGGCGUAUGCGGUGUUGUACCGUUGUCUGCUCGAUCUGGAUCCGGCCGGCUUCGGCCAGCUGCUCGGAGAGAAAGGUUGCAUCCAAGGAUUGCUCGAGUGCGUUGAACUGCAAGCGGUCCUACCGAACCGUGCCGUGUGUCUGAUGGUGACGGAAGUAUGCGCACUGCUGCUACGCUGCAUGGACGAACCAAACCGCCAGCCCGUGUGCGAUCUGCUGGCAGGACAUCAGCCGUUCAUCGAGAGCAUUGUCUAUGUGCUGAACCCGUGGCUAUACGGAAAACUCGCGCAACCGGCUAUGCAGCAAACGCUUUUCAGCAUCAUGCGUCUGUUGUGUGCGUUGUUGGCAACGUCUGGGGGAAAACUACAAAUCCAUCUAGAGUUUAACCACCAGGACGUGAAGCCUAUCGCGCAGAUGAUCGAACAAGGCAUUUCUUCAAAAUCCAGUGAUUUCAGAAUGAUUUGCUACAAUUUUCUCUCCAUGAUGGUGCAUACGUCGGACACGAGUACCUCGCCCACCGCCGAACUACCGCCAUUCCUUGCCCAGCUCGACACCUUGGACAUGUUUGCGAAUGAGCAUGAACCGUCGAAGUCGGCAAACAUUUUCCUCGACGAGGACGACUCGGAAGAGGAACAAGACACGGAAAACACCAACCCGAACCGACCGUUGUCGGCAGCGGCGGAAAUGUAUAGCAAGCUGGUCAAAGCCGCGCGGACUAACGACGUGAGCUCGACACUUCGAAGCGGAUCGGCGCUCAUAUUCAAGGCACUUAUGGAGCAGUACCAGUUAAGUUGCACUCGCGAUCAGCUGGAGUCCGGCCAUGUACAGGGUAACAUGCACCGACGUUUGUUAUACCGGGCCAUGCAGAACAUGUUGCACUUUUCGGCGCAAGCUUGCCGAAUGGCACUGAUGGGAAAUCUGUUGGGCAUCGUGUUUGAGUGGUUAAACACGAUCUACGAAUGUUUCCCAAACUCGUCGCAUUUGCCACGAAUAAACGCCGAGAGCAAGAAGCAAGGCAUUGUGGGAGAACUGAAGGAGGUCUCCAUCUUGUUAUGCGCAUGGUUCAGCGUGCCCGGUGAGGCACUGUUGCUGCACAAGGAGCAGAUUGACGAACUGUGUCGGAUCUUGUUACAGUACUGGCCCUUCCUCUGCAGUCACCAAGCGCUUCAGAUAGAAUUUUUACAGGUACUGGCGUUCCUUACCGAGUGUCACAUUAUCGUGUGCAAGGCAAUGGCGGCCACCUUCCCGAACCACCCGCACAGCAUCAUGAAGCUGCUGAUCGUGACGGCAACGACCGAAACAGCGAAAGUGAAGGGUCCCCGGUGUGAUCUGCAGCUUUUGAAAUUAUCACUGCGAGUGUUGCGGAACUGUUGCUGCUGUCACGAAGGCCGCAGCCUGAUCGGGAAACUGAACGUAUUUGACAACAUCAGCAAGUUGCACCCGAGCGUGACGAAGCUGCAGAAACCCUGGCUCGAGGUGACACAGGUGUGGCUCGAGUUCUGGGAGAUCUACACGCGCUAUAUCGAUGUCAGUGAAGUGCGACAUCUUACGGUUCUAGGAGCGUUGGUUCGCAAAUCCGAUAUUGAUUUGCGGCUUCUCGCCCUGGGUAUCAUCCGGAACCUCACAUUCGUGUUAGCGAAUAGGCCGGCUUUGCUCGCAUCCUCCGACUACAUGUUCAUGCUGCAAAACUCGCUCCAACGGACGUCCUGCGGACGAGAGAUUCUGAUUGCAGCCGUGACGAUGUGGAAGAUGAUUGCCAACAAUCAUCGUGGCAAAACGGCCAUCAAAAGUAGCCCUCUGGUACGGCUCAUUGCUGGCCAGGUGAAGCUGCAUUCGAUGACCCCGGGGGGUAAUGAUCAGAACGAGCUGUGGAACGUGUUAAUGACGGUCUAUCGCAUAUUGGGGGCGUGA